AUGUCCUCCCAUUUUCGGGUGGUGCGGCAUAUCGUCAAUUGUCAACAUACGAGAGAAUAUCCUGCUGCAACCGCGAAUGGAGACGAUGAUGUUCCAAAGCUUGCUGUCAAACAGUACAUUCCCCUUGACAAUCCUAGCCCUCAGCAUGGCGAUGUCACGAUAAUGGCGGCACACGCUAAUGGAUUCUCCAAGGAGCUGUACGAACCUCUCUGGGACGAGAUUCAUGCGAGGUCUCGGCAUCAUGGUUUCCGUAUUCGGGGCAUAUGGAUUGCCGACAUUUGGAACCAGGGCCAAUCUGGCCUGCUUAAUGAGAAAAUCCUGGGCAACGACCGCAAGGCAAUCCGCCUCCUUUCUCUAUUACACCCCCGCCUCCUUCGAUCACUUGUCCUUCUUGACCCGGUCAUACAAAUACCCAACGGAAGCAUCGCUCCUGCCAUUCUCUCUACGCGUCGACGAGAUAUCUGGCCAUCGAGGAUAGCCGCGGCGGAAAUUUUCAAAAAGAGCAAGUUCUAUCAGAGCUGGGAUCCGCGCGUUCUAGACCUUUGGAUACAGAAUGGCCUCCGAGAGGUACCAACAGAACUCUUCCCUGCCGAACAGAGAGCAGGUGGCGCAAAGGAUGAGCGUGUCACUCUCAUGACCUCGAAGCAUCAGGAGCUUUUUACGUUUCUAAGGCCGACAUAUCGGGGAGAUCCCACCGAAACAUAUGCCGAUCUCGACCCUGCUCUGCAACAGGAAUAUCCCGGCUAUCCGUUCUACCGUGCUGAGCCGGUCCAGGUAUUCAGACGGCUUCGUGAACUUCGGCCAAGCGUAUUGUACAUCUUCGGAGGAAAAUCAGAGCUGUCGCCUGCUAAAGAGCGUGAAGCAAAAAUGGCCAUUACAGGUGUAGGCGCCGGAGGAAGUGGUGGUGUCACUGCUGGACGGGUCAAGCAGGUUGUUCUGGAUUGCGGCCAUCUUGUGGCAACGGAAAGAGUGAAAGACUGCGCAGAUCACACGGCCGAAUUCCUUGCGCACGAAUUACAGCGAUGGAGGAGCGAUAUGGAGGCAUUUCAACGGUACUGGAAACAGAAGCCUAGGGUAGAGCAAAUCUCCACAGAUGAAAGAUGGGCGAGGGACGUCAAACCGCAGGGUUAG